ACGGUCCUAUUAUCACCAGCCCUCGAAGGAAGGAGACAGGCAGCAUAGAGGCUGGAGUUGAAUGAAUUUAUGUCGGUCUAUUUAGUAGCGCGUCAAUUUGGCGCGAGCGUGGUGGCGAGUGAGGUUGUUUUCAGUUUGAGUGUAAAAAAGCGCGCGAAAUACAUCGUAACCAAUGUACAACUUUAAAAAUAAAAAACUAUUUACACGUUUUCAGUGAUUGUGAUUCUAUUCGAAAACUGCUUUUGUGAAAUUACCAGUGUUUUAAUUGAUUGGAUACAAUUGUGACAAACCAUUAUGAAUGAGGGAAGAUUAGUCACAUAAUAAUAAACAAAGAUAAGUAGUGCCGGGAACAUAUUUUUUUGAGUGAUUCAUAAGAAACAGAGACAAAAAUAACUUUUGUAACAGAAAUAAAGUGUUUGCUGUAUCAAUUUUAAUAUCCUGCUCUGAUAUUGUGGAGAUACCUCAAGAUGUGAUGGCAGAAAGGUUUUGAUUUAACAAAAAAACAAAAAAUAGCGGUGUCCGUAUAAAGUGCCAUGGCAUCGGCGCUGAUUGAAGGAUGGAGGUUCUCAUGGGCCAGGAGGUGGUGGACCACCAGCUUGAUACUGACUGCUUUGAUGUUUACCUACGCGAAUACUCAAGAUAUAUCAAUGUGCUGCACCAAAGCAGAUGGCACUUGUCGCAGCGUCUGUGAAAAGAUGUCUCUAGUAGCGAACACAGAUAAUGAUAUGCACGAGGAGAGGAUAAAAAACAUCUACAAAUUCUGCACGCCAUCGCCGCAACUGGUGGACUUUUGGAUAUGCAUGAACAACACGAUUGAAGAAGUGGUCGAGGAGGUAGGUUGGUGGGGCCGAGCUUGCUGCGAGCUGGGCAACUCGCCGGGUUGCCGCGAAGCGUGCUCCGGAGCACAGAACGAACAAGCACUAGUCACGAGUGCUGCGUGCCGCCACUCCGAUGAGAUUGCCUUCUUUGACUGUGUGCACAGCCAGCGGGCUGCGCAAUGGUGUUGUUCGCAGACGCAGUACUUGAACUGCCACGAAGCUUGUCACAAAGCGCUGUGGAAGAUUGGCAACGCUCGUAUUGAUACUGCAGCUCUAGAACGUGCGCUCGACGUUUGCGAGCAGUCACCGCCUCUUCUGCGCUGCUUACGAAAUAUGACAGCGUCCUCGGUUCACACGGACACUUCUAAAUAUCUACCUUGCUGUCAUGAAUCCUCUCGAACUUCAUGCCGGAGCGCGUGCGAGGCCGUACUCCGCCGUACUGGGGAACCUAAUGAAAUAUCUGACACCCUGACAGCCGCGUGCGGGGCGCCUUCCCUAUCUGAUGGCCUAUGGCAAUGCUUCCUGAGAAAAGAUGAGCCUACUGACAACAAGGAUAUCAUACCACAUGAUGUGGCCAAGCUGCACUGUUGUCAGAAGGCCAAGACUACAAAUUGUCGUAAACUGUGUUUCGAAACAUUCAAUACCGGAUGGCAAAAUAACUGGCAGAAAUUUUACAGCGACUGUUUGGGAGAUCCACAGGAAAACGACUUGACCGAAUGCAUCGAGGAAGUGGAAGCUCCUUGUUCGUUGGGUUGCGCCGGUUUGACGUACUGCAGUCAGCUCAACAAUCGGCCUACGACGUUAUUUCGAUCGUGUACUGCCCAGGCGGAUCUAGAAGCGCAUCUGGCCGUCGCAGAGCAGAAGGGCAGUAGGUCAAUAACAGUGUCUGGUCUGGUUGUGCCUUUGAAAAAUUUAUCGCAAUGCCCCACCGAUAUUUGGAAGAGUGUCGCGUGCCCUUUACAUGUGAAGCCAUGCACUGCCAAGGGUCACAGCAGCCUCCUUUGCGCGGAGGAGUGCACGCGUUUAGUGUCGGAGUGUAUAGAAUGGUCCCGCGCGGCGCCGCAGCUGUCCGCCGCCGCUCUAUGCGCCCGCCUCACGCCGCGCGACCCCACCGCGCCUUGCGUGCAACUGUCCCAAUACACCGCGCCCAGUGAGUGCUACGCUCGUUCAUUGUACUCGGCUCGUAGCAGGCUCGUGGCGGAGUGUAUAGAGCUGUCCGCCGCCGCUCUGUGCGCCCGCCUCACGCCGCGCGACCCCACCGCGCCUUGCGUGCAACUGUCCCAAUACACCGCGCCCAGCCCCGAGCCACCUCUGCUGUCAGCCCGCGAGGCAGUAACAUCACCGUGUGCGGGAUCACCAUGCAACGCAACUCAAAUAUGCGUGCCCAAUAGGAGCUGCCUGCAUUCCAACUGCAAGCGGUACACCUGCCUCGACGGCUGCCGGAUAGGUGAAGGCAGCGCAUACGUAGUGAGCAUGGGGUCAUGGGUUCGAGUCCCGAUGGCAAGCGGGUCUCGUAAGGCGUGCUUUAAGGUGUGCCGAUGCGGCCCACGCGGUCUUGCCAACUGUCAACCGCUGCCUUGCGUCGAACUAGAGAACUGCCGAUUGCACGACAGGAUUGUGCCGCAUGGGUCCCGGUACUGGGUGGAGUGCAACGAGUGCGUUUGCGCGGGCGGCGAACGAAUAUGCAGCGCGCGGGCCUGCGGAGCGGGGAGGGCGCGCCUGCCCUGCGCAUGCCCGCCCCACCAUCUACCCGCUUCUGCUGCGUCCCGCCUGUACCCCAACGCGUGCCUCGCCAAAUGCGCGGGCGCGACGGACGCGGACAUCGAGUUCGGCGUGAGUCGCGUGUGCGGCGCUAACGGUGCGUGCGGGCGUCUAGCGUGCGCGCGUGCGACCAACGUGUGCCUGUCCCGGCUGCAGGCUGAGUGCCCGCAGUACGCGUGUGUGAACACAAGCCAUUGCAAUUCACAACCGCAGAAAACAGUGUGCGACACGGAUGGAGUGACACAUCCCACACCGUGCCACUUAGCAUUGGGUGGCAAGCGACUCGCCUACUGGGGUCCCUGUCUCAAAUAUUGUUCUCAAAGAGGCACCGUCUGUGGAGUGAAUGGUGUGACAUACAUUUCCGAAUGCGCCGCUUGGUCGGAUUUCGUAAGCGUUGACUACCUGGGACCGUGUGUUGCCGUGGGACUCAUAACCGACCUUAUGGAACCCAUGUGCCAAUUCGAUAGGAUAGAAUGUCCUUCUCUCAAGAAGAACGGUUGUCAAGGCUUUACUCCCCCCGGCGCUUGCUGCCCUAGAUGUGGAGGAGGUUUACGAAUACUCUACUCGAAGAAGCAAAUCGACAGAGCUCUUUACGGCACUAAUAUUUCCGCCACCGUUAUCAAUCUCCAUAAUUUGCUCAAAGCCCUUGAAAGACAUGUCAAAAUAGCAGAAUGUGCCCUUAGAGGCUACUUGACUAUCGAAUCUGAAAUCUUUGUUUCAGUUGAAACGCUUCUUGAUGAUCCGACGGAUUUGCAACUUGAAGUGUGCGUUUUGGAAGCAGAGAAAAUAGCCGAUAUGAUCAACAGAGAAAGCGCCUUGAUCUCUGUAGAUUUGGGCUUAAGUGCGCUUUCCUAUGCACUGACUGUCCAUACGUACGCAACUAAAGCAGUUAGUUGUGUUACGGCAUCUAUUUUAACAGUGAUGUUAGCAAAUUUCAGCAUUUAUGUGUUAAGAUGAUGUACCAAUGAUCUGUAAAUAUUAAAUUGUAAAUAUAUCUGUAAAUAUUAUAAUGUGAAGCGAUCACACCAAAUAUUUUAGUGCCAUUGUAGCUACCAGGAACAGAUUUUUAUGCUUUGGUUUGCUUUAAUGUCCAAAUGCGUGAGUAAGAUUUAUCAAAAUGUAGUGAGUUCAAUGUGCCAUGUUAAUGAUUGCAAUUUUUAUAAUGACUGAUUGUGCAUUUUUGUAAAAGACAAAACAUUGAAUAGUCUGUAUCUAUACCAAAUAUGAGGUUUGUUACAUAAAUAAGUAUAUAUUAUUGUUAAUUAAGUUGAGGAGAUUUUUUUUAGAUUUAUUGACGUGCAAAUAUAUUUUUGUUCACGAGCUUGAAGCUGAGCGAGAAAUAAAUAAAAAC